AUGGCAGAUCCUCUCAGCCCUGUGGCGGCACCGCCGCCAACGUCGUCGACGCCAUACUGGAAGGCCCACUUCCCACGUUUCUACAACGGCCUCAUCGUGAUCGCAUCGAUGACCAUCGUGCUCAUGGCCUACAGUAUCAUUAUAAUAGGGUGGUACUGCCAAAACCAACGUGACCGUUGGAGGUUUGAUUGGUCCCAUGGACAGGCAGGCCAUGGGGUCGAUAGUACCAUCAGGGAAUUGAUUCCCAUGUCCCAGUACCGGAAGGAGGAGACUGAAAUGCAAGCUUCGGACAAUGAGUGCUCAGUGUGCUUGUCAGUCUUCAUGGAGGGUGAAGAAAUCCGGCAGCUUCCCGAGUGCAAGCACUACUUCCAUGUUGAUUGUAUAGACAUGUGGCUCUACUCUCACUCCAAUUGCCCACUUUGCCGGGCCAAUUUAGUUGGUCUGCCUUAUCGUCAGCGGGACUUAGCAGAAGAGGAUUCCCGACAGGGCUUACUCUAUGUCGCCGGCAUGGCUUGAAUGUUUCUGAGUUUGUUUCUGCUCUAUUAAGUCUUCAGUCUUCAUUUUGUUGUUUUGAGUUUGUUCAUGAUCUCACAGUAGCAGAGAGAAUUAUUGUAAUUUUGAAAUGAGAGCUGAUCACUUA